GAGGCGCACGCUGGCCGCAGCGGUUUAGGAAGACAGCUGGCACCGAGUUCCGAGAGCGGAGCGAGGGCAUCGGAAGCAACGCAGCCCAACCGGCUCCUCAGGCCACGCUAGCCAAAGGAACCAGAAAGCCCCGAGCUCGGGCCCCCUUCGUCCCUCCCCGCCGUCUUUCCGCUGGGAGCUUCCGGUUCCGGUUCCGGGAGGGGGAAACGGGCUCUUAGCUAGGACUCCGGGAUCCAGCCGGGAUGGCUCUUGUACAGCUACUGCUGUUGGGGGGCUUGUGGGGAGCUGUGGGGGCGUCCGAUCUGGCAGUGGUUACAUGCGGUUCAGUGGUGAAGCUGCUCAAUACGCGCCACAACGUCCGGCUGCACUCACAUGAUGUGCGCUAUGGGUCAGGUAGUGGGCAGCAGUCAGUGACAGGUGUAACCUCUGUGGAUGACAGCAACAGUUACUGGAGGAUCCGGGGGAAGACCGCCACAGUGUGUGAAAGAGGAACCCCUGUCAAAUGUGGUCAGCCAAUUCGGCUGACACAUGUCAACACUGGCAGAAAUCUCCACAGUCACCACUUUACCUCCCCGCUUUCUGGGAACCAGGAAGUCAGUGCUUUUGGUGAAGAAGGUGAAGGCGAUUAUCUGGAUGACUGGACAGUGCUCUGUAAUGGACCCUACUGGAUAAGAGAUGGUGAAGUGCGGUUCAAACACUCUUCCACUGAGGUACUGCUGUCUGUUACAGGAGAACAAUAUGGUCGCCCCAUCAGUGGGCAAAAAGAGGUGCAUGGCAUGGCCCAGCCCAGCCAGAACAACUACUGGAAAACCAUGGAAGGCAUAUUCAUGAAACCGAGUGAAUUGCUGAAGACAGAAGCACAUCAUGCAGAGCUAUGAAUCUAAAGGCACUGGUCCACCCUCACCACACAGUAUUCAUGGAUGGCUGUUGCUGCUGCAUGCUGGGAACCUUGCCACAGGCUCCCUGUGCUGUGGUCACUGACGUCACCACCAAGAGGAAGAUGCAUGAUGGGAGACUGGCGUAUUGGGAAUCUUUACCCUUCACACUUAAAUUGGCUGCUCUACCGUACUUGAGCCAGUUCUGAGUACAGGUGACAGGGAGAUGCUUUUUAUUCAUACUGACAAGACAAACUGAGGGAGAUAGCCCUCCUACCUGGGAAUUUUUACUCCCCAGGAGCUUGGCAUGAUGGAUUGUUUAAUGUGUGUGACUUUUCCUAUAUUUCCUUUCUCCAAAAUAAAACUUAAAAGGAUUUCA